GGUUGGCAAUAGCCAACUGAACUGUUCGAAAACGUAUUGAAUCGAAGCGCUAGUGUGGAAAACGAAUCGUAAAAGCUGUCUCAUUAUUCCAAAUGCAGUCGACUAAAGCAAGCGUAUUAAAGUUAUUUCUCGGUAUUUUUUGGAAAAUAAAGAUGGAUUAGUGUGUGCUUCGUGCAUUUCGCGCCCUCAGGGGUCUUUUUACAAAAUAAUGAAAACGAUACUAAUAGCCAUUAUGGCGCCAACAACCAUGGAGCGUGCUGUGUCAACAACACUUUUAUCCACACAACAUCAAGAAACAUCUAUAACAUCAAUAUCAACAUCAGAUAUAUUAUUCGAUAACAUCCAGUACGAAGAAACAGCAAACAAUGGAAAGUCUGGAAUUACCACACGAUAUCAUAUGGGACGGCGAUCGGUCACCGAUGACGCUGUCACCGGACCACUUUUCGGAUGCUAGUGCCGAACAAAUACUUAUUUUUGAAGAUAGCUUCGUAACCGAGCUUAUACCAAACGAUGAUUUAAUUAAACCGAGUCAAACCAUCGAGUUCUCUGAGUUCUCUCCCGAAGAGUUUGAACAGUUGCUGGAAAUACAACAAGAUCUUCUGGACAAUAUGGUCGAGGAGGACCAAUCAAAUGAUCAAUGGCUGGAUCAGCCCAUCAUUCCAUUGGAUGAAUACGCACCAGUUCAGGAUGCUCGCAUUUAUCCGGUGAAGGUGAACACCGCUCAGCUUCUAAACGAAUUCAAUCAAGUUUAUGAUGCUGUUGAAUUGACCCAUUUGACACCACCGGAAACCCCUCCACAAACGCCGCCUCAAACUCCGUUGCAAUCUACCUAUCUCAACAACGAUUCGAAGCAGAAUCAAUUCUUUUCGCAACCUAUCACAAACUAUCAGUUGCAGCUUAACGAACAAUUCCAACAAUGCAAACCGGAAUCCAAGCCCAUAAUCACCAACAUCAUGCCAGCAAUUCAAGCUCAGCAAUUCCCAUCGAUCCUGGAGCAAGCCAUCAAUUUGGUGCAGCAAACCAGUCCGAUUGAAUACACUGAGAGUUUCGACGAUGCUAUGGCCGAAGUGGAAGCUUUGGUGCGUUCACGUGCCGAAGAUUUUGCCGACAGUUCAAUCGAUGAUGACAGUUCGAUGUGUGGUUCAUCGUCAUGCUUCUCGCCACGUAGCGAAGCAUCAUCCAGCACCACCGAUGAUUCAGACUGGACAAUGAAGUGUCCAGCCAUUGCUACGGCAUUCAAGAACAAACAAGCCAAGCAGAAGCAAAAGCGUAAGCCACGCAUCAAUCGUCGAUCGCCCGAAGAUCGUCAAUCGCGUAAAAAAGAGCAGAAUAAGAGCGCUGCCAACCGUUAUCGAUUGAAGAAGAAGGCCGAAAUCGAAAUAUUGCUGGACGAAGAAAAGGAACUAAUCAAGUGUCACGAUGCACUUAAAUCGCGUUUCGAAGAUAUCGACCGAGAAGUCAAGUUCAUCAAGAAGCUUCUCCGUGAUCUCUUCAAAGCUAAGGGAUCCAUUAAAUAACUCACUUUCUCUCUCUUCACAAAUUGCAUUGUUAGUUAAGUUUGGUCUAAGUUUGAUGUGGCAUCCAUUUACAAGCGCCUCCCACCACACGCCAUGCAUGUUCGAAAUUCAAUUCUAUAUUUUUUUCUAUUCACACACACAUAUACAACAUGCAUGAGCGAGGCACUUUUAUUUGGACAAUGAAUAAUGAUUUGGAAUUAUAGUGUUAUUCAGUAGCAUGUAAAACAAUUUCAAAACAAAUCAAUAGAGAGACAAGAUUUAUUCAGCAAUAAUUAAAUAAUCGUUUGGUUUUCAGUUACGAAGUUUUAUUUUUAAGAAUAUUAACAACAUUACGUAUUUCGUUUUAUGUAGCACGUUAAGAGUAAUUUUUCAUCAAUAUAUAUAUUUUUUUUGUUUUCGCACCGCAAGGGAACGUACAAUGGCUUAUCUGAUGUUUAAGCAAAGAAAAAAGUCACACCUGAUUGUUGAAGAAAAUACCAUUACUCUUCAAAUCGAUGUGAUUUAGAAAAAAAAAAACAUGCAAUGCAAUGUUUGUGGAUUAUUAUUUUUUUUUCUUACCAUCUAACGAAUUGUUGGUUUUUGUAAAAGACUCCUCGUUUUGUUUCGCACACAAAAAACCAAAAUUUGGACGCACAUUCACAAUCACAAUCACAGAGUUUGUUUUUUGAACAAUGAAAAUAGGAAAAAAUAGUAACGGAAUUUGUGUUUACUUUAUUGGAACCAAAUUUCGAAGGAAAGAAUAAAAAUACACGUGUUUUCGUCAUAA